AUGGAACUCUUGCACUCACACGCUUCCGAUUUCCCAACUCGCCACCAUUUCCUAUCCAAAACCACCACCACCACCACCAUCACCACUACUCACCAACGCCUACUCUCCCUCUUCUUCCCCACCCGAACCGCCCGUGUCACCGGCCUCCGCUGCUCGUCUCCCAGAGCAUGCGCGGUGGAACUCCCCGGCGGAGAAAAGAUGGUGAUAAAGCUUGUCGGUGCUUUCAGCGACUUGACAGAAAGGAUGAAGGUGCUGUCAACAAGUUCCUCCGGUCUUCUCUUCAAAUCAUUGAAACUAUCUAUUCCAGUUCUUCAAGGUUCCCCUCUUACUCCUGAUGGCCGUUCUCCUCUUUCCAAAGCCUUAUCCAUUGCUGUUCUUCUAGCUGAUCUUCAGAUGGAUGCAGAAGUUAUAUCAGCCGGAAUAUUGAGACAAGUGAUGGAAGUACGCGGCUUAAGUCUACAUGAAAUUCGAAACCAGAUAGGUUCUUCCACGGCUAAUUUGGUGCACGAAAGUUUGCGUGUUAACAACUUUGCGUCUAGAGUAGACAUUCUGGAUGAUGAGAAUGCUGCUACUUUGAGAAAGUUCUGUUUAACUUACUAUGAUAUCAGGGCUUUGAUUUUGGACUUGGUUUUGAAGCUUGAUAUGAUGAGGCAUAUUGGUCAUCUUCCGAGGUAUCAGCAGCAGAUACUUUCUCUGCAAGCUAUGAAAAUAUAUGCCCCUCUUGCUUAUGCUGUGGGAACUAACUACAUAUCGCUUGAAUUGGAAGAUCUCUCGUUUCGGUAUUUGUUUCCUUAUUCGUAUCUUUACGUGGAUACGUGGUUAAGAAGUCAGGAGACUGGAGGUAUAUCGGUUAUUGACGUAUACAUGGACAAACUGCUUCAGUCGUUAAAUGCUGAUCCCUUACUCGCGGAGUUGGUGGAGGAUAUCUCAGUUAAAGGUCGAUAUAAAAGCCGUUACAGCACGAUGAAGAAGCUCUUGAAGGAUGGGCGAAGGCCAGAAGAUGUAAAUGACGUGCUUGGGCUAAGAGUGGUGUUGAAUCCUAAGCCGGGAAGUAAUGCAAUAGAAGAUGGAGAAAGAGCAUGCUAUAGGGCUCAUAAGAUCAUUCAAUCUAUGUGGAAAGAAAUUCCGUCUCGGACUAAAGAUUAUAUUGCUAGGCCUAAAGGGAAUGGAUACAAAAGUUUGCAUAUGGCAGUGGAUGUAAGUGACAUUGGGAGGACUAGGCCUUUGAUGGAAAUACAGAUAAGAACAACCGAAAUGGAUAGGUUAGCUGUUGGUGGAGUGGCGUCUCAUUCGUUAUACAAGGCCGGUCUUACUGAUCCCGAGGAGGCAAAGCGUCUGAAGGCGAUCAUGGUUGCUGCAGCUGAACUAACUGCUUUGCGCCUUAGAGAUUUUCCAAGUGCAAAUCAUAAAGGGAUUGGGUUUGAUCAGAGGGAUAGAGUAUUUCGCCUUCUUGACAAAAACGGAGAUGGUAAAAUAAGCAUUGAGGAACUUACAGAGGUGAUAGAGGAGCUUGGUGCACCAGGAGAAGAUGCACACGACAUGAUGCUGCUCCUUGACUCGAACAGUGAUGGCUCCCUCAGCUCUGAUGAAUUCCAUACGUUCCAAAAACAGGUUGAGAUGGUGCGAAAUUUAGAGGACAGAGAUGACGAGUACAAGAAAAUAUUGGAUGAGAAGCUUCAUAUGGCAGAUGAAAGUGGUCUAAUUCAGGUUUUUAAUAAGGAGUUCGGAAACAGGCUUGUAAGCCAGUGA